GGGUGCCGGAACUCCUCACAAAUCGAGUCUGGAAGCCGGCGUGUGGGUUUUCUUUCGUGUGGGCUCUGAGACGAGUAGAAGUUUGAGCGUCCGGUGGCGUUAAAGCUGUCAUCGCUAGCUUUUUGCCUUGGUCGCCUCUAGUCUCGGCCCUGGCGAUGGCGACGUACACCUGCAUUACCUGCCGCGUGGCGUUCGACAACGCGGAGGUGCAGCGGGCCCACUACAAGACAGACUGGCACCGCUACAACCUGAAGCGCAAAGUGGCCGACAUGGCCCCGGUCACCGCCGAGGGUUUCCAGGAGCGGGUGCGGGCGCAGCGGGCCGUGGCGGAGCAGGAGAGCAAGGGCACGGCCACCUACUGCACCGUCUGCAGUAAGAAGUUUGCCUCCUUUAAUGCCUACGAGAACCACCUCAAGUCCCGGCGGCACGUGGAGCUGGAGAGGAAGGCCGUGCGGGCCGUGAACCGGAAAGUGGAGAUGAUGAACGAAAAGAACCUGGAGAAAGGCCUGAGCGUGGACAGCGUGGACAAGGACGCCAUGAACGCGGCCAUCCAGCAGGCCAUCAAGGCUCAGCCGUCCAUGUCUCCCAAGAAGACCCCCGCAGCACCCGAGGAGCAGUCCAGGAGUCUCGUGGCGGUGGCUGAUGGAGGACGUGCGACUCACGAUCGGGACCCGGCCGAGAAACCUCCCCGGCUCCAGUGGUUUGAACAGCAGGCCAAGAGGUUGGCCAAGCAGGAGCAGGAGGAGGAGGGUGAAGAGGAGGACCUGGACGAAGACGAUUGGGAAGAUAUGGAUUCUGACGAGGAGUUGGAAUGUGAGGAUGCUGAACCCAUGGACGAGGCGGAGGAGCAGGCCGCAGAGGAUGGGGGCGCCGGGGGAGGCCCCCUCAGUGGGGCCAUCCCCAUAACGGACUGCUUGUUUUGCCCCCAUCAUUCAAGCUCCCUCCUGAAGAAUGUGGCUCAUAUGACCAAAGUCCACAGUUUCUUUAUUCCUGAUAUAGAAUAUCUUUCUGAUCUUAAAGGACUGAUUAAAUACUUGGGAGAGAAGGUCGGCAUUGGGAAGAUUUGCUUGUGGUGCAAUGAGAAAGGGAAGUCCUUCUACUCCACGGAGGCGGUGCAGGCACACAUGAAUGACAAAAGCCACUGUAAGCUCUUCACAGACGGUGAUGCUGCCUUGGAAUUUGCAGACUUCUACGAUUUCCGGAGCAGCUACCCGGACCACAAGGAAGGCGGGCAGCCUGGGGAGCCUGAGGAGUUGCCCGAAAAGACAUUAGAAUAUGAUGAUGAAACCAUGGAGCUGAUUCUGCCUUCCGGUGCCAGAGUGGGUCAUCGCUCCUUGAUGAGAUACUACAAACAGCGAUUUGGCUUGUCAAGAACUGUGGCCGUCGCGAAGAAUCGGAAGGCAGUGGGCCGCAUACUCCAGCAGUACAGAGCCCUGGGGUGGACGGGCAGCACGGGAGCAGCCCUUCAGCGAGAGCGGGACAUGCAGUAUGUCCAAAGGAUGAAAUCGAAGUGGAUGCUGAAGACAGGAAUGAGGAACAAUGCCACCAAGCAGAUGCACUUCAGGCCCCAAGUGCGGUUCUGAGGGUCUGCCAAGGAUUGAGGGAUCUGUCCCUGGCGCAGGUGUCCUUGCCUGAGGGCCAGGGGAAGCUGGGGUGUGUGACCGGCCCUGUUUGCUGCUACGUCUCCCUGUGCUUGGUCUGUCCUGACCUGAUAAUAAAAGUCAGAAUCUCA